CUCUUUACGUGAGGCAUGGGAAAGGUCUCUCAGCCACAGAACACGUGGAAUCACACUAUUUUCGGUGGUUAAAAGGGUGCCCUUUGUACGCUAUCUGUCAGACUUCACUCUGUUGCUCAUUGACCUUCACUACUGAUAUCAGAAGAUAAUCAUUUCUAAUAUAAAGCCAGGCAGCACUCCGGAGUGUGUUCAUUUCACAUUAUCCUCAAGACAGCCUUCACAACACAAGCAAUGAUGAGGACACUACUUAGCAAAAUCUUUGCCGUGACCUUAAUUAUGUCACUGCUCUGUGGCAUUCAGGUCCAGGCUGCUCCGCUUGAAGAGGGGGAGAUUCGUGGCGCUUACGAGCUGGUGCACCGGGCGAAGCGAUCCAUGCUGUGGCGCUGGAUCACGCUGAGGCCUGUGGGUGCCUCCUGCAGAGAUCACUCGGAAUGUGGCACCAACUUCUGCAAGAAUCAGUCUUGUGCAUUCCGGGUUUACUCAUCCUAGAGAGACGGAGAAAGCUCCCCACCCUGACUGGACCCGUUAUUGAGGGAAAACGACCAAACAUCCACCUCCCAGUCCGGCUGGUUUAGAGGAGCUUCAGUAGCCUGUGUCCUGGGAUCCGAAAAAACUUGGGGAAGUUACAACGUGGUCACGAAGAGCUAGCCCUUUUCAGAAAUCUAAACGAAUAUGUAGCACAGGCUUCAUGUGGGCAAAACACAAUAUACGCUUUUAAAAUGAAUAACCAAUUCAUGGUCAAGUGACCAUCAAAGAUUGUACAUUUCCAAUAAUCACAAUGUCAAAACCAAAGAACAGAUCUUCCCGUGUAUCCAUGAGACGUUAAACGAGUUUCUACGCUGUACUUUACAAUGUAAUAAACCAAGAUGCUCGAACUAUAUAUUAAUGUUUUGUUAAUACACAACUAUGCUAAGUUUGUUAUGCAGUUGUCAUGAAGUACAGUAGGCCAGUGUUUGGGGUAUUUGUAAGUAUGAAGUUUGACUCAGAACAAGUAUCAUAUACUAAAUAUACUUAGUAUCAUAUACUGUACUAAAUCUGGAAGCUAACAUGAAGUUUUCCACUGUUGGACUGAGGCCAUUUAAGGUUUUGCCUCAUCUUAUUAAAGAUAUGGUUAAGCAUGUCAAUGUACAAUUAAGUCUUGAAAUAAUGAUUUUAUCAAACCUCCAACCUUAAAGUGCUUACAAGAUUAGUCCAUUUUGGAAACUGAAUUCAGUGUACUGUACAGAACAAAAUCUUAAUUUGUUCAAAGAAAUGCUGAAAAAUUACAAGUGCAUCAUUAUUGUCUUUUCUAUUUAUUUUUGAAUACAGUGUUUUGUUUCCAAAGCAUGACUGCACACAGAAUGUUAGGAGAAAAAUGGGGGAAAAAACAUUUUAUUAUUGUUUGUUACAGUGAUAGUGCAACUAUUUUUUUAUUGUAAAACAGAUUGACAAAAUAUUUAGACAUUAAAAAGGAAAAAAGAAACAUUCUGUACUGAAUUGAAAGAAAUAAAACAUCAGUUGUGAGAAAUGCGUUCCUGUGACUUGUACUGCUCACAUACAGCUACUCUUCACAAUGGUUAUCACCUACUAAACACAGUACAUUCAGCCCCACCCUUAAACCAACAGUAUAACCUACUGUACCACACUGACGAGACUGGCAGAAAAAUCUGGGCUUUGCAGAGGCUGAUAAAAAGAGAGAUUGUUACAAAAGAAGUUUAUGCUGUUCAUAAGGUCUCUACUCAGUGUGAAAUCUGUUAUUGCACAAAUGGUCUAGGUGUCAAAGUACAGCUACAGCUCUUAAAAAGUUUAUAAACAGAACGACGGCAUCAACUCACGCCUGGACUCGGAGACAAGGUGACCUUUUCCUUUGGAAACGAAUACAAUUCGUAUCGCCGUCCAACUUUACGAGGCGGGCAUCCCAUCAAUAAAAAAAAAGUAGGUAUUCUGUGACAUGGCAACUAUAGCUGAAGCAUAGAGGUAAUGCAAUGUGCCACACAAGCAGUUUUCCAUUGCUUAGUCAUCUGAUCGCACAUGGUCCCAAAGCACGUACAGCGUUGUUUCAUCACACAGACGAACCCAGGCCUCUCUGAUGCCCCCACUCCAGUUUUCCUCUUCUCAGUUUGAUUGCACACCCAUAAAAAUCGUGAAAGAGAGAAGCAACACCCUGCCCUACUGCUCCUGCCCCAGAAAGAUCAAAAGGAGCUUUCUCAGCAGGUCCCAGCAUUUCUGAUUUUCUGGGGUAAAUACAAGCAUUCUGGUGUCUACACAUCGGCCUGAGAGAGGAUCAGGAGGGGCUUUUUUGUUUCACCUGGAACAGAUUUUGGAGCAGAGAGGAACCCAUGUUAAUCAUGGUGUGGUUUUGGAAGAUUCUACUGUACAGAAGGGAAAUAAUCACUGUAUAUAACUACAUCCCAAAGUAGUUCAACGUAUUCAUUGUCCUUGAGUACAGGCUGUUAUGUCAUUAUCAUCUAUUAUUAUUUAAAAGGUUAUAGCUGGUAGAUUGCAAACACCUCUCUUCAGCUUCAAAAACUACUGCUGUUCAUCUCAAACAAAUGCACAACCGCAGGCACAUAAUCUACAUCAGUUGCUCAACUGCAGGAGCUGAAAGACAGUUAAAUGGGCUCUGAGAUAAGUGAUCAGCAUCACCUGCGCACCGUGCUGAUGAGACACACCCAGGGGCUAAAGUGGAGCAGCUCACCG